GCCACCGAGGCGCGAACGCGAACAUAACAACAUUGCUUUUGCAGGGGAAUUGAGGAUCAUUGAUUUAGAAUGUUGACAAACAAUCAUGGAGGUAGCAAAGAUGAUGGACAAAUAAGUUCACAAAGGAAGAGGUUCAGACCUGAUGGUGUCAUUAAGAUGGGGCCUCAAGCAAAAGUUCCUUAUGAAACAAACAAUGUUGACGAGCCUCCAAAGGAGAAGCAAAUUUCAGAGGCUGAACUGCAGUUAAAAAGCAUGGUUCAGAAACAGUUGGCUACCAACAUCACCUUGGAAAGUGAGCUUUCUCGUAAGAAGAUAUUUCACCGAGCAAGAGUUUAUAAAGAUGAACAAGAAAAAAGAGCAGGUCAGCAGACAUUAGAAUCUUUUAAGCAGAUUUCAGACUUGGGAGAUUCGAAAGAAACAAGAGCUUCAAUGGAUCAGGAAAAGUUUGAUAGCAGUUUUACUGGUGCAAAAGAAAUGACAAGACAUGAACUUGAAAUAGAGCAAUCUCUGUACAGGGGAACAAAGAAGGCAGAAGAGUUGAAGCAUCUUCUCAGAGCCAAAACACAAGAGUUCCCUGAUGAUGAUCCUGUUAUGAAAACGCUUAAAGAAUACGAGGACAGAGAAAAAAGAAAGCGAAGGUCUGCAAAAACUGCCAUAUCGUUAGGCAAGCAAACAAAUGAGUCAACUAAGAAAGUAGAGGAUGAGGAUGAGGAAGAAAGCGACAAUGAGCAGACAUUUGUGGGUCCUAUACUGGCUCCGAUCCAUGUUCGAGUGAGACCAUUGGAUGAAAAAGAAGUCAGCAAAAACAAACUUGAUGUGACCGAGAUUCGGAGUAUUGCAAAAUUUAGCAAUUAUGAACCAGGAGUGCCAAGCAAGAAACUCUACAUUAAAAAUCUUCCCCGCAACACAACAAAGGAAGACCUAGCGGAGUUGUUCGUUCGAUUUGAGUCUCUUGAGUCACCAGUCAUGGAAUACCGAAUAAUGGAUGGGCGGAUGAAGGGACAGGCGUUCGUUCAGUUUAAAGAUGUAGAAACAUCAAGAAGAGCUCUGGAAUUUGCCAAUGGUUACAUCAUGAAGGGUAAACCAAUUAUCAUAUGCUAUGGAAAAGAUACAAAUGGCUAAAACACCUUCGAUCGUACAAGGAAAAUCCAAGGGAAUAUGCUCCAGAUUGUAAACUGAGGAGGUGAAGUUCUGGCUCUUCCAAGAGAAAAGAUGACAGCAAAGUGAUGUGGUGCACUCCAUUCUGUAAAAACAUCUUCUCCUUCAUGCCGCAGUGGUGCAGAAUUCUUGGCAUUGGUAUGCCCAUGCUAAAAGGCUGUCAAUGUUGUGCUGCUUUUUAAAAAGAGAAUUACGUGGAUCUCGACAGAGCAGAUAGCGGUGAUAAAGGAGACUUUAAAAACGAUGCUUAUGAUCCUAUAAUCCGUUAAAGUGAAGUAGAUGGUUGCGCUACGCACCCUUUUCGUUAUUGCUAAUGGGUAGCCCGUUUCAUUCACAAGCAACAACUCUAUAUUCAGUGCUAAAUUAUAUGCAGAUAACCAAUAUAGCUAC